AUGUUGAAGAAGGACGAAGAGAGCAGCGGCGGUGGCGGAGGAUCCGAUACGGAGGACGAGAUCUCCGGAAUUGAAUCGAUGCCGUCGAUGUCGCGCUGGGUUUUCGAAGAGAAGGAUGAUUACGAUGAGAUUGAUGGCGAUUAUGAGGAGGACGAUGGCGCGCGCCACCGGUCAGACAUUUAUUCCGAUGAUGAAGAUGAGAAUGUGGAGCAGCGCUUGAUUCGAACUAGCCCUGCCGUUGAUUCUUUCGAUGUGGACGCAUUCGAGAUUCCUGGAGGUCCGAGGAAUGAUUUCGAGGAUUCGACCAUAAGAAGGAAAAUCAUACUUGCUUUUCAGACUCUUGGGGUUGUAUUUGGUGAUGUUGGAACAAGUCCAUUGUAUACCUUCAGCGUGAUGUUCAACAAAUCCCCAAUUAAGGGGAAGGAAGAUAUUAUUGGAGCAUUAUCGUUGGUCAUAUACACCUUAAUAUUGAUCCCUCUUGUUAAGUAUGUAAUGUUUGUUCUUUGGGCCAACGACGAUGGUGAAGGUGGUACUUUUGCCUUAUAUUCUCUAAUCUGUCGGCAUGCGAAGGUUAGCCUCAUUCCAAAUCAGUCUCCAUCCGAUGCCCGUAUAUCGGGUUUCGGUUUGAAGGUUCCGUCUCCAGAACUUGAAAGAUCCUUGAAAAUAAAAGAAAGACUUGAGGCAUCAAUGACCUUGAAAAAGCUUCUUCUUAUGUUAGUUCUUGCCGGCACUGCUAUGGUCAUCGCUGAUGCGGUUGUUACGCCUGCCAUGUCAGUGAUGUCUGCCAUUGGUGGUCUGAAGGUUGGUGUUGGUUCUAUAGAACAAGAUCAGGUGGUCAUCAUUUCAGUCAGCUUGCUGGUGAUAUUAUUCAGUGUACAGAAAUAUGGAACAAGUAAAAUGGGACUUGCCCUCGGCCCAGCAUUAUUUGUAUGGUUUUGUUGUCUUGCGGGCAUUGGAAUUCACAACCUUAUUAAAUAUGACAGCAGUGUUUUUAGAGCAUUCAAUCCUGCCCACAUCUAUUUCUUCUUCAAGAGAAACUCUGUAAAUGCUUGGUAUGCGCUGGGGGGUUGUCUUCUAUGUGCCACAGGAUCGGAAGCCAUGUUUGCAGAUCUUUGCUAUUUCUCUGUUCACUCAGUCCAGCUUACAUUCAUGUUUCUGGUGUUGCCUUGCCUCUUAUUGGGUUAUUUGGGUCAAGCUGCAUACCUUAUGGAAAAUCAUAAUGAUGCUGAGGAAGCUUUCUUUUCAUCAGUUCCAAGUGCUAUUUUCUGGCCGGUCUUUCUCAUUUCUAACGUCGCUGCUUUGAUUGCUAGUCGUGCAAUGACAACAGCCACAUUCUCAUGCAUCAAACAAUCAAUAGCACUGGGCUGUUUCCCACGCCUUAAAAUCAUCCACACGUCAAGAAAAUUUAUUGGACAGAUUUAUAUUCCAGUCCUAAACUGGUUCCUUUUAGUGGUGUGCCUGAUUGUUGUCUGCACUAUCUCAAGCAUUUUUGAGAUUGGAAAUGCUUAUGGCAUAGCAGAGCUGGGAGUGAUGAUGACAACAACGAUCUUGUUGACCCUGGUAAUGCUUCUGAUCUGGCAAACUAACAUCAUAAUCGUUACCUCCUUUGCAAUUCUUUCUCUGGGAGUGGAGUUGCUUUUCUUCUCGUCUGUUAUUUCAAGUGUGGGAGAUGGAAGUUGGAUAAUCUUGGUGUUCGCUUCAAUCAUGUUUCUCAUAAUGUACAUCUGGAACUACGGGAGUAAGCUUAAGUAUGAAACUGAAGUCCAGAAAAAGAUUUCGAUGGACCUACUGCGGGAACUCGGCUGUAACCUCGGAACCAUUAGAGCUCCGGGCAUCGGUUUGCUGUAUAACGAACUGGCAAAGGGAGUUCCAGUGAUAUUUGGCCACUUUCUGACCACUCUUCCUGCAAUCCAUUCGAUGAUCAUCUUCGUUUGCAUAAAGUAUGUUCCUGUUCCUACUGUGCCUCAGAACGAAAGGUUUCUUUUCAAGCGUAUCUGCCCAAGGAGCUAUCACUUAUUCCGCUGCGUAGCCAGAUACGGAUACAGAGAUGCCCGGAAGGAAAACCAUCAGGCGUUUGAGCAAAUGCUGAUCGAGAGUCUCGAGAAAUUUAUCCGCAAGGAAGCACAGGAGCGUUCGCUGGAGAGCGAUGGAGACCACGAUACGGAUUCUGAGGACGAAAACACGUUGUCCCGAGUUUUGGUAGCACCCAACGGGAGUGUAUAUUCGCUCGGAGUUCCUCUCUUAGCCGAGCACAAGGAUCUAUUGCACAAGAGCCCCAUAAAGAAUCUGGCUAUAGAAGAAUCACCCGAACCAACAACAGUAUCCGAGGUGGAGCAGAGCCUCGAAAGAGAACUGUCAUUUAUACACAAAGCGAAAGAGUCGGGGGUGGUGUAUCUUCUCGGGCACGGAGAUAUAAGGGCGAGGAAGGAUUCGUGGUUUCUGAAGAAACUGGUGAUAAACUACAUGUACGCGUUCUUGAGGAAGAACUGCAGGAGAGGGAUUACGAACUUGAGCGUGCCGCACUCCCAUCUUAUGCAGGUCGGUAUGACUUAUAUGGUGUGAAACGGUUUUCGCCCCAUCACGACACAUUUAAGGCACGAUCGAUCACGAUAAAUACGAAUAAUGGUUUCGGAGAAUUUGGUAUUCAAGAACAGGAAUGGAAGCUGAUUGAAGAGGGAGCCAUUGCUUUCGCACAUUGUUUCAUUGAAUGUGAUUGUUUGUGUUUGUAUAGAGUCAGAGAUGAGAGAUGAGGAUGGCUGUAUUUUUUUUCCGGUCAAUGUCGAUGUAAUAUCCUGAAUUGUUUUUCUUCUUUUUGUAUUUUUUAUUUUGUUUGAUUUGUCUCGCACGUUCCCAUUUUGGGCGUUGUUUGGGUUCUUGAAGUUUAAAGGAAAGAGGACGAAUGCUGCUUGGGACACGUUAUAUUAGAUUUUGUUA